AUGUCCUCAAUAGCAAUCGCUCGUAUAAUAGAAUUCCCCGAAGUGCCUCGACUGAGGCGACAUCAGAUGCCCGCUUACAUGAGCCUUCUCGGCUCUCCAGAUCGACCCCAUCCACCAAUUGCUAAUUUCUCCAACCUUCCCAAAGCCUUCGGUGUGUGCGUCUAUGCUUUUAUGUGCCACCACUCCCUGCCUGGUGUCAUCACGCCCAUUGACAAGAAGCAGCGCCUCUUCUCCUCUAUAAUGUUGCCUGUCUACCUCCUUAUCUACUUCUGCUACCUUCUCCUUUCGGGCACUGGUAUCACCGCCUUCGACUACAUACACGACCUUUACACCCUCAAUUUUGUGCCGUCAAAUGAUCCCACCCUUCGGCCUGGAUGGCUCCUACUGCUGUUGGAGUACUUCCUCGCCCUUUACCCUGCCUUCGCUCUCUCAUCCAAUUUUCCGGUCUUGGGGACAACAUUGUCAAAUAACCUGAUCGCAAUUUUUCUUGCACUCCUGCCCCCUGGUCGAAUGGUCAGCUUGGUCAUCAGAUGGUGUGUGCCGUUUUUGGCGUUAAUUCCGCCAAUUUUGAUAGCUUUGGCAGUGAAUGAUGUGGGACAAUUAGUGAGCGUAACCGGAGCCUUUGGCGGCAUUUUUAUAAUGUACGUCUUUCCCGUGGUGCUGGUGUUUUAUGCAAGAAGAGCUUUGCAGGCCAAAUUCAAAUCAGAGACCCCAAAUGACGAGUCUGUGGUGGUCGACCAGAGGGGGCGUUGUACGGUCAAUCGAUUGGGUGGUCGCGAUAGUGGGUUGGAAGGCAUACAAUGCGAGGUGGCGCGCCCGUCAAUCAUUCAACGGGACCAAUCUGGAGGCGCGGGUUAA